AUGUCGCAUAUAGGCACGCCUACCAAGAGCGGGAGUGGGAUCAUGGAGCGCGAGCGUGGACGGAAGAAGCAGCAGUCGCCGGCGCUGUCGUCACCCAGCUCGUGGCUCAGGAGUGCGUCUACGUCGAGUAUACGGCGGUUGAGGCGGGAGCACCCUGCCUCUGGGCUGAACGUUUCUCACACGCCUCUGAAGAACUUGUCGCCGGUUAGAAGGCCGGCAUCGAGCUCAGUGGAGAGGAGGCCGGCCACAGUGCAGCCUUUCUCUCUUACGACGCCGAACUCCUCGGCGUCUUUGUCGCGUAUGGCGGCCAGUGUGCCUCCUAACAAGCCCAAUUUGCUGAAACGGAACAGCGAGAGUCGGGUAGUGGAUGUGUUGCCAUCGUUCGAGAUGUACAACACGCUCCAUAGACAUAUACCACAGGGUAAUGUCGACCCAGAUAGACACGACUUCCCACCGACUUACCAGGAGAUUGAGUCGCAGAGCUCCACUUUUGGCAGGCCUAACCCGGCGGUCAAUGGUGACUCAUCGCAAGUUUCUUACGACAUCGACAGAAACCAGACGUUGCUGGCAGAUAACGACCCUAUCGACUCCAGAGCGCUGAAUAACUUACAACCACUGAGAACAGAGCACCACAACAUCAACUCGACUUUGUCGGGCGUUCAUUCGAGAAGCAGCGUGGACUUGAUCAACCCGAUUCAGGACGAUCUAAACGAUGCAAAGUGCGUCUUUGUCGAUAAGCUGUACACGUUGCCAAAACUAUCGACGCCCGUUGAGAUAAGUAUUAAGAUCACUAAGCAUGCGCCAUCCCCAAAUCAGAAACCGGAAGAAGAGUCAAUACUAAAGGAGUACACAUCGGGGGACCUGGUGCACGGUUACUGCACCAUAGAAAACAAGUCAAGCCAACCAUUGCAGUUUGAGAUGUUUUACGUCACUUUGGAAGCUUACACUUCAGUUAUAGAUAAGCAGAAAGGUAAGAGAACUCUAAAGAGAUUUUUGAGAAUGGUAGAUCUAAGUGCAAGUUGGUCGUAUUCGUCCAUCGAAGUCAGCUCAGGUAUUGAAAUAGAAUAUGGUGGUGUAGAUUACGAUAAUUCUAUCAUUGGGUUGAAUAACAAUAGAAUCCUGGAACCUGGAAAAAAAUAUAAGAAAUUCUUCAUGUUCAAGCUUCCCACACAGCUGCUCGAUGUCACUUGUAAGCAAGAACACUAUGCGCACUGCCUACUUCCUCCAAGUUUUGGUAUCGAUAAGUACCGUAACAAUUGCAAGUAUUCUGUUAUUAAGGUAAACCAUGUUCUAGGGUGUGGUCAUUUGGGUACAAAGGGCUCUCCGAUUUUAACAUACGAUAUGGUUGAUGAUCAUCUAUCAAUUAAUUAUACAAUUGAUGCAAGAAUUGUAGGAAAGGAUCAAAAGACUCAAAAACUAAAUAUAAUGAAGGAAAAAGAAUACAAUUUGAGAGUCAUUCCAUUUGGUUUUUCUUCUAAUCUGAUUGGUGAAAGAAAAUCCAUGGAUCAAUUAAACGAUUUAAUAAGGCUGAUUCAAGAGAGAUUAGAUGCGUUAAAAAAAGUAUUUAAAAGACUAUCCAAAAAUGAAGCCAUUCUGCCUGGUGAUAUCUUAGGUACAGAUAUCAGUGGAACAAUUGACCCAUCCACAAAAUUGGACUCCGAAGAAAUAAUUAAUAGAAAAAUGGAACAAUUGACUGUAAAGAAUCGUAUGGAAGGUGCAGUAUCGUUACCAGGUUUUACUCCAGCUUAUAACCCAAUGGCACCUAGAAAGAAAGAAGAAAUGGUAGAAACAGAGAUCAAUUAUAAAUUGAAGAAUAAGUCUGGCUCACAUUUGACUAAGGGAUUAUUCUCAGGCUUCAGAGCACCAUCACCGACUACACCACCAGGAACUAAUGAUAAAGCCGAGAAAUCAGGUUUAAUUUUAGUUAGAGCCGCUGUGCCAAGAAAAGGUCUAAGCUAUUGGUCGCCAUCUUUGCUUAGAAAGACAAAUAAGUUUGACGUUAAAAGUCCAGAUGAUCAGACAAACUGGUUAUCACUUCUAGAAAAUUUGCCAGAAGAAGAAAGAGAGCCUCUAAAGCAGUUAGACAUAUCACUAACGUGUAUUCAGUCGGACAAUAGUGCGGCACAUAGCCCACCAGGUAUACAGUCUGUUACGACUGAUUUUAUCUGUGUCACAGCUAAAUCUGAUAAUUCUAUUCCUAUCAGAUUUACAGCAGAAAUGUUAAUGAACUCAGAGAAGCUUCAAAACCUAAAGUCCACAUUCAAGACAUUCCAGGGUACUAUCAAAGACUAUGAAAAGCGCUUUAAUGAAAAUUACAUGAAGCUGAAUGAGUUAUAUAACAAAGAGAACACUUCACAGACUCCCAGAGAGCUUAAAUUCACAGAUUUUAUUACUAAUCAAAUUAACAAUGAUGUUGACAGUUUGUGCAACAUUAACGUCAAUUGCCUGGUGCUAAAUGAUGUUUUCAAGAAACAGAUGCAUACAUUGAAAUCUAACGCAGAAUCCAGUUCUGCAAAUUCAUCCUCACCUGCUAUUUCACAUUCAGGUUCUAGCAGCAAGCUAACUAAGUUUACAGAGCAGAUUAUACAUCAAUGGGAACAGACCGGAUCUUCCCAAUACGAAAGAAAUGUUACUGUCAACUUGGAAUAUAAUCCAGAACUGAGAGAAACAAUAGUUCCGAGUUUCGAAAGUUGUCUGUGUUGUAGAUUUUACUGUGUACGUGUUACUAUCAAAUUUGAUAAUCACGUUGGAUCAGUUAACCUUGACAUUCCUGUGUCCGUGAGAAAGAUAGAGGCAUGA